UUGGCCGAGACCGCGGCCCCUGGAACGUGCCCAAUCGGCGUCUCGGCCUCGGCGGAAGGUGCGGCCGCCGCAAUGCCGUUCCUGCACGGCUUCCGGAGGAUUAUCUUCGAGUACCAGCCGCUAGUGGAUGCGAUUCUGGGCUCCUUGGGGAUCCAGGACCCCGAGCGGCAGGAGCCCCUGGACGGGCCCAGUUAUGUUGCCAGCGAGGAGAGCCGGAUCCUUGUUCUCACUGAGCUGCUGGAGAGAAAGGCCCACUCUCCAUUUUACCAGGAAGGCGUGAGCAACGCCCUGCUGAAGAUGGCCGAGCUGGGACUGACGCGUGCAGCUGACGUUCUCCUGCGGAACGGGGCCAACCUCAACUUCGAAGACCCGGUCACCUACUACACGGCCCUGCACAUCGCCGUCCUGCGAAACCAGCCUGACAUGGUGGAGCUGCUGGUGCGCCACGGGGCCGACAUUAACCGCAGGGACCGGAUCCACGAGAGCAGCCCCUUGGACCUGGCCAGUGAGGAGCCGGAGCGCCUGCCCUGCCUGCAGCGCCUCUUGGACCUUGGAGCAGAUGUCAACGCGGCCGACAAGCAUGGAAAGACUGCUCUGCUCCAUGCUCUGGCCAGCAGUGACGGGGUGCAAAUCCACAACACUGAGAACAUCCGCCUCUUGCUGGAAGGAGGGGCGGAUGUCAAGGCUACCACCAAAGACGGGGACACCGUGUUCACCUGCAUCAUCUUUCUGCUGGGCGAGACGGUGGGAGGUGACAAAGAGGAGGCCCAGUUGAUCAACCGCUUCUGCUUCCAAGUAACGCAGCUGCUGCUGGCUCACGGCGCCGACCCCAGCGAGUGCCCGGCCCACGAGUCCCUCACGCACAUCUGCCUCAAGAGCUUUAAGCUGCACUUCCCUCUCCUGCGCUUCCUGCUGGAGUCCGGGGCCGCCUAUAACUGUUCCCUCCACGGCGCGUCCUGCUGGUCCGGCUUCCACAUCAUCUUCGAGAGGCUCUGCUCCCACCCAGGCUGCGCGGAGGACGAGAGUCACGUGGACCUGCUGCGCAAAGCUGAAACCGUCCUGGAUCUCAUGGUGACUAAUUCCCACAAACUCCAGCUGCCUGAAAACUUCGAUAUCCAUCCCGUGGGCAGCCUGGCAGACAAGAUCCAGGCCCUUCACUUCUCCUUGAGGCAGCUGGAGAGCUACCCCCCACCCCUCAAGCACCUGUGUCGCGUUUACAUCCGGCUCUACCUUCAGCCGUGGCCUGUGGACGCGAAGGUCAAGGCCCUACCUCUGCCCGACAGGCUCAAGUGGUACCUCCUCAGUGAGCACAGUGGCACCGUCGAAGACGACAUCUGACAGCUGCGACUGCAGGGAACAGGGUCUGGGCAGCUCAACCUGUUGGUGGAUUUAAGUACCUGUGGCGGCCUUAGGGGAGAACCUUCAGCCCCGUCUGUCAG